AGAGAGAGAGAGAAAGAAAGAGAGAGAGAAAGAGAGAGAGAGAGAGGCGUGCUGCACAUUGGUCGGGCUACUUUUCUGACGACACACCAACAAUCGUCAACCUGUGGAUAGAGAGCGCGUGCGGUGCUCUGUUGUCUCCUCCACUGCCACCCUCUCCCGCCGCUUAACACCGAGCCCGACCCCCUCGGACAUCCAGGACGCAUGUUUACUGGGAGAGGGUGCCGGUUCGAUUCCCGCACGGAGGAGAGGAACCGAAAAGUUGAGGGGUCGUCGUGCGCCAUUCCCGCUUCAUGAAUGGCCGGAACAUGGAGGAGAUGCCAUUCGAAAGAGUCAAGACCCGGCGGAGGAAGGGUCACUGCCCGGCCGGUGCGCCCCUGGGCGCCAUCGCCUGCGAGGACGAGUUCAACAGCCAGGAGCUGGAGGCUCUCUUCCAGAACUACAACCUGAAGCUGGAGCAGACCGCCACCCUCAAAGCGCUGGCGGUGCUCAUCGUGGCCGCGUCGUCGCUGUCUCUGGUGGAGCUGCUGUCCAGCCCGCGUCUCACCUUGUCCAAGGGCUCCUACCCGGUGCACUGCGUGGUGUUUCUGUCGCUGUUCAUCGUCACCAACGUCAAAUACCUGCAGGUGACGCAGCUGCAGCAAAUCGCGAAGCUGGCCCUGCUCUUCAGCUUCACCUUUGCGCUGCUCUGCUGCCCGUUCCCGCUGGCGCUCGGCACGUCGGAGCUGGUGAGCGCCGCUGCCCCUGAGCAAGGCGUGUGGCAGCUCAUGCUGGUCACCCUCGUGGCUUACGUGCUGCUGCCGGUGCGGACGCUGAUGGCCGUGCUGUUCGGGGUGAUGCUGGCUACAUCCCACUUCAUUGUCAUAGCGACGUCGUUCACGGGAAGGAAACAGAAGCUGUGGAGACCGCUGGUGGCCAACGCGGUGCUGUUCACCAGCGUCAACUUGUCUGGGGUGUUUGUGCGGAUUCUCACCGAGCGCACCCAGAGGAAAGUCUUCCUGCAGGCCCGCAGCUGCAUCGAGGAGAGGCUGAGGCUCGAGGAUGAGAAUGAGAAACAGGAGCGUCUGCUAAUGAGUCUACUGCCCAGGAAUGUUGCCAUGGAGAUGAAGGAGGACUUCCUGAAGCCGCCUGAGAGGAUCUUUCACAAGAUCUACAUCCAACGUCACGACAAUGUCAGCAUCCUGUUUGCAGACAUUGUGGGUUUCACCAGCUUGGCCUCUCAGUGCACAGCUCAGGAACUGGUCAAACUGCUCAACGAACUCUUCGGGAAGUUUGAUGAACUGGCUACAGAGAAUCACUGCAGGCGAAUAAAGAUCUUGGGCGACUGUUACUACUGCGUGUCCGGACUGACCCAACCCAAGGCAGACCACGCCCACUGCUGCGUGGAGAUGGGCCUGGACAUGAUUGACACGAUCGCGUCGGUGGUGGAGGCGACAGAGGUGGAUCUGAACAUGCGUGUCGGUCUGCACACAGGACGGGUGCUGUGUGGCGUGCUGGGCCUCAGGAAAUGGCAGUAUGACGUCUGGUCAAACGAUGUCACACUGGCAAAUGUGAUGGAGGCCGGAGGGCUGCCUGGCAAGGUGCACAUCACUAGGACCACCCUGGAGUGUUUGAAUGGAGACUACGAGGUGGAGCCGGGCUUCGGACACGAGAGACAUGCCUUCCUUCAGAAACAUCACAUAGAGACUUUUUUCAUCGUGCCAUCACACAGACGCAAAAUCUUUCCAGGUCUGAUUCUGUCGGACAUCAAACCAGCCAAGAGGAUGAAGUUUAAGACGGUGUGCUACCUGCUGGUGCAGCUCAUGCACUGUAGGAAGAUGUUCAAGGCUGAGAUCCCCUUCUCCAACGUCAUGACCUGUGAGGAUGACGACAAGCGGCGGGCCCUGCGGACUGCGUCAGAGAAGCUGAGGAAUCGGACGUCCUUCUCGGCCACAGCUGUGCAGCACUCACCAGGAACGCGGGUGAACCGGUACAUCGGGCGGCUCAUUGAAGCGCGGCAGACCGAGUCAGAGACAUCAGACCUCAACUACAUCACCCUGUUCUACAGGAGCAGAGACAGGGAGCGCAGGUAUCACCAGGUGUAUGACGACCAUUUCAUCAGUGCAGUGGUCCUCUCUCUGAUCCUCGCUGCCCUGUUUGGCCUUAUCUAUCUGCUAAUGAUCCCACAGGGGAUGCUGGUGCUGCUGCUGCUGGUGCUGUGUGUGUGUUUCCACGUGGCUUGUGUCAUGUACCUGCAUCUCACCAGUGUUCAGUGCCAACCAGGCUGCCUCACCAUCCAGAUCCGAACAGUGCUGUGUGUGUUCCUCGUUCUGCUCACCUACUCUGUUACCCAGGCCUGCGUGGUGGGAUGUGUUCCUUGGGGGAAGGUCAGCACCAACUCCAGCCGCUUGGUGGAGGACGUCCCUGCAGACGUGCUCGGCGUCGGACCCUCCAACAGCACGGCGCCUGACAGGGCCUGUCCCAACAUGGCGUACGCCCUGCUGUCCUGCGUGGCCGGCACCCUCACUGUCGUCCCUUAUCUCCGAGUGUCCUCUCUCCCCAAGAUCCUCCUGCUCCUCCUCCUCUCUGUCACCUACACCGUCGUCAUGGAGACCAGCGGCUAUCGCCAAGCUGUGGGCGGCGGUUUUCUCCACACGCGAGGUUAUGACCCUGUGUUGGCAGUCUUGCUGUUUUCUGGAGCUCUGGCUCUUCAUUCAAGACAACUGGACCUGAAGCUGCGGCUCGACUAUCUCUGGGCUACUCAGGCGGAGGAGGAGAGAGACGACAUGGAGAAGGUGAAGCUGGACAACAAGAGGAUCCUGUUCAACCUGCUGCCGGCUCAUGUGGCUCAGCACUUCCUCAUGUCGAACCCCAGGAACAUGGACCUGUACUACCAGUCCUACGCUCAGGUCGGAGUCCUGUUCGCCUCCAUCGCCAACUUCAACGACUUCUACAUCGAGCUGGACGGGAACAACAUGGGAGUGGAGUGUCUGAGGCUGCUCAAUGAGAUCAUCGCUGACUUUGAUGAGCUGAUGGAUAAAGAGUGCUACAGGGAUAUCGAGAAGAUCAAGACCAUUGGCAGUACAUACAUGGCUGCAGUAGGGCUGGUUCCUACGACGGCCUCCAAGGCGAAGAAGUCCAUCACCUCACAUUUAUGCACAGUGUCAGACUUUGCCAUCGAGAUGUUCGACGUCCUGGACGCCAUCAACUACCAGUCCUACAACGACUUUGUCCUGAGAGUAGGAAUCAAUGUCGGCCCAGUGGUUGCAGGAGUGAUUGGAGCCAGAAGGCCUCAGUAUGACAUCUGGGGAAACACAGUGAACGUAGCCAGCAGGAUGGACAGUACCGGAGUACAGGGAAAGAUACAGGUGACAGAGGACGUCUAUCGUCUCAUCACAGACUACUACGACUUUGUUUGCCGCGGCCAGGUCAGCGUCAAGGGCAAAGGUCAGAUGCUCACGUACUUCCUGGAGGGGCGCAGGCAGGGCAGCAGGCUGUCUCAAACCCAGCAGCAGCAGCAGCAGCAGCAGCCCGGAAACGCCGAGCGCCGGUCGAGCGCGUUCGCCCACGGCAGCGUGUGCACCAGGCUGAGCCCUGCCCCGACCGUCACCACCUACGCCACCAUCAGGACCCCGAGCCCGAGCGUGGCCAAACCGACCGCCUCCACCAGCACCACCAGGUACCUGCCCUCUGUCCCCACGGCAAUGGUGUGACGGAUGCUGUCUCCGUGGCGACCGUGGAAAACAAGACGAAUGACAGUGGAGGUGGGGAAAUGGCACCGAGACAGCAGCAGAGAGAAAGCUCAUUUUUAAAGAGGAAAAGUUGUUCCCCGCUCUUCUUCUACUGUCUGUGCAACGCGGAGAGGCAGAGACACCGAUCGUCCAACGGGAGGAGGCCUGAGCUCGGGCCCGGACUGCCGUUUAGGGACCGAGCGCGGCGGCCUCGAUCGGACUCUCCCUCCACACCCGAACCCUGUUUGUUUGUUUCACACCGCGGGCUGUCGUGAACAGGACACAGGACGCUUCAGCCACGUUGCUCUGUAAUCAAUCAAAGGCCAAGGAUGUCUCCAGGAAAAAAAAUCAUCAUCAAAAUAAAAAAACACAUCGCAAUGCACAAUUGAUAGUGUAGCACGCAAGCCUCAAACACAUCCGGAAAUUCCUCUAACUUCUUACUUUAGCCCUUUUCUCUCAGUGUAAAACCAAAUCAGUGCUGUUGCCUUAGCGACCACUCCUCACAAUGAGUUUCUUGCCAUUUUUUUUUUUUUUUUUUGUUGCCUUUUAGAUCCUUUAUUGAUUUAUUGGACACCAGUUGAGAUGAGUUAACUCCAGGGGCAUCGCUGUCCAUCAGAUUAUGUUUUUAAAGUGGAUGAAGCCAAAUGUAGAAUUGUAAACAUCAGUUAAUGGUACAAACGUGCCAAAAUAUGACAGAGCAUUGCCUUCGAUUCAUCAUGUACCAGGUCGGCGAUACAGUACGUUUCUGCCCCCCCACCCCUUUUUCACUGAAACCCUCCAAUGGCACAUGAUUCCCUGAGCCGAGCCGCUCAGCGUCUUUAAGUGCACGACGCCACUGCUGCAUUUCAGUCAUGUUUGCUGUCUGUUUCCCUGUGAUGCUUGACUUCCAGAUUCUUCCUCGUCAAAGUGUAGCAAUAAAGCAGUUUGUCUCCUCUCUCAGCCUCCUCACCCCCCCACCCCCACCCCUCCCUUGCAUGCUGUAGCCAGCUGGAUCCUAUUUUGACCUGAUAGUGUAUGUAGCCAAUAGAGUGUGCAUAGCUAGCCACACCAGUCUGUAUCUCUGUGGAGUUGAAGCAUGACUUAUAGAAAUCUUAUUUUCAGUAUUGUGUGAGUGUGAUUCCUUCCUCAUGGAGUUAUAUUUAAAAAAGAAAACUUUUUUCUGCGUGCUUGUUUAUUAAGAAAUCUUUUCUAUCGUUGAGAUAUUCUGUUCUACUAUUUUUAUGAACUAAAAGCUGCUUUGCUAGAGAAAAGAAAUCUCUGUCUUUACGAGGAGACACCCAAACCUCCGUGUCUGGCUUCCUCACACAAAAUCCAGAUGAUUUAUUUUAUGGUAUAGCAUGCUACUCACAGUACGGCUUACCACAGCCAUUAACUCUCCUCUAAUCUGUUCUAGCAUGCACUGCCUGCCUGCAAAGCCCGUGGCUCUUAACAUGCAUGCUUUGAUGAAACAUUAAUACAGGCCCGAGCAGCGGACACGCAGUGACUCUGGUUUAAUGUAGUCCUCAUGCAUGCGCUAAAAGGUAGCGGUCCUCUUGAAUGUAAGGUGCUUUCUUGACCCGUGUCUUCUUCUUCUUCUUCUUCUUCAUGAGCUCGGUGUGCGAAACCUUUUUCGAGGACAUAUUUUCAGGAUAGUUUGACAUCAGGCCGGGGGUUCCUUCCUCCUCCCCGCUCCUGCUGUAGUCAACAGGUAGCUGGUUUAUCAAAUGUGCCAACCUAUUUUCAUAAACAUAUCAGAAACUUUUUUCGUGUUGAGCUGUAGCACAACUGAAUGUGUGGCUACAGUGGUUGUGGAUUUCCUUCUGUUGAAUGCCUGUAUUUUUACUGUUCCUUAACAGUUUUGUAAACUCAAAACGACGGCAAGUGUUGAUUUUUGGGAGAGAUUUAUUUGGACACCAUAACCUGACUGAAAUGAUGUUGUUGUACUUCUUAUCAUAUUUCAAAUAGAUUUAAAGUCUAUAUAGUAGCUUGGAUGCUUACUUUGAGUUUCUAAAAGGUUCAAAAUGAGGAUUUUUAUACACUUGCUUUAAACAGUUGAUGGAAAGUUGAUGGAACGGAGUUAUGUACGAUAUUUUUCCUGUAAAUUGGAUAUUUUCAUACUGUAUGAUACGGGUUUCAAUUGUUAUAUGUAGGUAUUACUAGCUAUUAUUGUACAUUGUAGAGUCUUUUUCAGAGAUAUAUUAUGAAUGAUCAGAUAUUUGUCAAGUUUUUUGUUGAAGAUGUAUUUAUUGAGAUGUUUUAUGUGAAUGUAAAUUUUGUUAAAGAUGAUAUUUUAUACUAAGUGUUUGCACUGCGAUGAUAUUGACGUAUUAUAAAAAUAAAGCCAGUGGGGACGUGUCUCCUGGAGUUA